AUGCUCCUAUCCGAGACCAAACUCAACCACCACCACAAAAUAGAAUUCAAAAAUUAUAACUUCAUUAGGAACGACAGAAAAGACGCGAAGCGAGCGGGCGGCACGGGAAUCCUCAUAAGAAAAAAUAUUAAAUUUAAACACAUCCCCAACAAUAGCAACGAACCUCCAAAAAGUCUAGAAUCUUCAACCAUAAAACUCAAACUACACAACGUCAACCUCUUCUUAAUCGCCGGAUACGCCACCAGCAAUUGCAAAAAAGAAUUCAUCAAGGAACCCGACGACCUAUUCAAAUCCCUAAAACUCCAUAAAUCAGAAAACUUCUACCUACUCGCAGGAGACCUAAACGCCAAACACAAAAACUGGGGCAACCCAAUCAACAACAGUAGAGGAACCUCCCUAAACAAAUGGAUACAGGACAACACCAUCCAAUACCGCACCUCCCUACUCAGUACAACGGUCCCAUGGUAUCCAACCAGCGGAGCCUUUAUGGAUAUAUGCAUAGCCGACAACCGAAUCAAAAUCAUGAACUCCCCGGGUCCACAAAAACUAGAAUCAUUCGACUACGACAGCGACCACAAAGUAGUAAAAAUCCAAAUCCAGACACCAACCCGACAAGCCCUAGAAACAGCCGAACCAUCACACACACACAAAUUCAACUACCAAAAAGCAGACUGGAAUAAAUUCAAAAAGCUACUCACAAAAACAGACAUCUCAUUUUUACCCAACAACAGAAACAUGACAAUAGAAGAGAUAGACCACAGCAUAAACACAUUAGACUACCACAUAAACAACGCCCUAGAAGCCGCCGUCCCACGCGCAUAUUCAAACCAGAACUCCACAGACAAAUACAUCACCUCAAAAAUUACCAAACUCUGCAAACAAAAAAAACUACAUUCUCACGCCAUUAAACAGACUAACCAAAAUAAAAAACUACACACCUAA